UUCGUUGCGCAAUCCCCCUAGCUCUCGCGCUCCCUCAUCUGACCCGCAAUCAAACAUCAGCUUCGCACUGCCUCAUGUUACCGAGUCCCGACCGCCGUGCCCAUGCCCAAGCGAGCUCCCGCGCAACUCAUCGGUCCGACGCGGUGCGGCGGCUCUGAGCGAGUUCGACAUCGGACAUCCUGACGCGCCUCCCUGGUCCGCAAUUAUCUGAUGCGCGCGCGGUACUUCUCGGUCAGCGGCCGCCCCCUUCAGUCGCUGAGCGCCCCAGCGCCCCCGUGCGCGAGCAUGCAGCGGUCAACUGAUCGCUGCCCUGAUCCACUCGUCACCCUCGUCUGUGUAUUGACUUUCGCGGAGUAUUCGCUUGGUUUGGCUCGCUUCUGUUUUGAUCGCCUUACCGUCGCCUUACGACGACGAUGCGCGUCGCGCCGUCCCCGGGCCCCGACGUGCCUCGAGGUCGAGCUCAAACAAGCCCAAUAUGGGCCCAAUAUUGGCCCGAAGCGUUCUGUGGUCUCCAUGGCAUCGCACGACGCCCACAAGCGCCCCCGCUGCGCGCAUUCAACUAGCAUGUUUCCCUUUUCAGCACCAACACCCGCAUCGCCGUCCGUUUCUUCCGCAAAUGGUCACAACCAAGCCUCCCGCCUGGCGGCUGUCGAUGUGGGCUGCCCGGCUGGCGCCGCUGAUCAGUGUCACGACCCCAGAGGACAUCAUGGGGCCAACUCGUCUCGGCAAGCGUUCUAUACUCUGGGGGACUCACUUAGACAGGGGCUACGUCUACGUCCAGGAAGCCCUCAUUUGCCUCGUAUAGCGGCGUUUCUGCCGGAGUUUUCUGCACAGCCGGCUGGUACGAUGCGUGGAGGAGGAAGACCGCUCAAUGGUGCAUAGCUGUACUGGCGCCCCGCAAGUUCACUCUUGACAGGACUCUACUCUCAUGAACGUUAGAGCCACCUCUGGAUCACUAGCCAUGUUCGCUUCGUAUGGCGACUUCAAGGCCACCGACUAUGGUCGCAUGAUGCGCUCAGACGACACCUGUUGACAUUGGCCGUUGAUUCGAAGGACUGUUAGUUCGACAUAGCUGAUGUGUCCUGUGCGUUGUAUGAAUGGCCUCGCUUGUGUUCUGCGGCUUGUCCCCGUGCGUAGAGGCCACUGUGCAGACCGCGCAGGUGAACAACGCUCAUGAUCAAUACGACACC